AUGCCCAUUGCGGCUGAUUUUGGAGACAAUAGGAUCGUUAAUCCAAACGAUUUAGUGGUACAACUCCGGUUUGCCAUAAAUCGAGGCUGGGAACCCGAUAUGUCCUCCAACGUUAGCUCCGAAGAAGAGGACAUUCCAAGGGAAUCAGAAAUUGAGGGGCAUGAAGAUUCUCAAAAUCACGAAGUAAAUCGCCCCUCAAGCCCUAAAAAUGACGAACAAACCACAAUUGAUAAAACCCCCAAUCCAAUCCCCCGGGCCAACAAAAACCCUAGAAAGAGGAAGAAGGUUGACCCGUAUGAAGGAGCAGAUCCAAGGGCCAAAAGGCCAAGUGACUUUCCAGUACGUGCAGGACCCCCUCAAAGACCACCGAACAUUCCACCAAAACCUGAAAAAUCCAAGAAAACAAGAAAAGAGAAUACAGAGGAUGAACAAAAUUGGUUAGCAAAUGAAGAAAUUGAGUCCUCUGGUUGUGAAAGAGUAAGAACCCGAGCCCAAAAGAGAACCAACCUAGAAGCCAGUAAGAAACGAAAACAAACACAAUCUACCAUCGCAUCUACCAAGGAAAAAGGGAAACAAAACGUGGUUAGUAGUGAUGACAUGUCAAACCUACCUAAACCACACAGUACAACCUUUUUAAGCCAGGAGUCUGGAAAGUUAUGGAAAAGAUCUGUAGAGAAAAAGAUCAUAAACCAAAAACUACUUGUCACAGACAAACUAGACAACUUAGAGCAGAUUCAAGAAGUUCUAAUCUCAAAUCAACUCCUAAGAACAGUCACCAACAUAGAACCUUAUGAUGAAGAAGUCAUCCAGGAAUUCUAUUGUAACCUAACCAAAACCACCACAAUACCCAGCAGUUCUAUCUACCUAGGAACACCUGAGACUGAGCAACAGAUAGAAAUAAACAGUGAACAAGUUGCCAAAGAACUUAUAGCAGGCAAUGUUAGCUUUGAAAAGAACAAAAUCAAGGCAGCUUCUCUAACAAGCAAAUAUGCCAUUCUACAGAAGAUAGCUCUUGCAAACUGGAUUCCCUCACUACACGAAUCCACAGUGAAAUGGACCUUAGCAGAGCUGCUGUACAAGAUAGGAAAAGGGUUGAAAAUCAACAUGGGUGCCAUUAUUCAUACACAAGUCACAAAUCUAGCAGAAGACACUAAAUCCAAUACCUCCCUGAUCUCUCCAAACCUCAUCUUUGCCAUCUUGACAAAACAAGGCCUCAAAACUCAAGGACCAAAGACCACUGUCAAGAACAUCAACACAACACUCAGACUAAGAAAAGGAAACCACCAAAAUGUUCUAAAGUCCUCGGCUCCAAAGAACAAUCCACUUGAUUCAAAGACACUAAUUAAUUACUUUGAAAGCAGACUGACAGAAUUGGAAGCUUUAGAAAAACAACUUCUAAGAAAACAACUGAACAUCAAAGAGGAAAAAGCAGAAAUAAUAGAAUGGCUGGCAAUCCUAAAAGAAGAAAAUAAAGAAGAUCAAGAGCAAGGAACAGAAGAAGAUUUCCAAGAAGCAGAAAAUGAAGAAGAUCAAGAGCAAAAUCAAGGAACAGAAGAAGAUAUCCAGGAGCAUUCCCAAGAAAAGAGUGUUGAAACACCUGUUACAACAUCAGACUCAGAAGUUAGGGGAUAG